UUUCUUUCUUUAGAGCUUUUUGUCUAUUGCUUGUGUUUGCAAUUUCUCUCUUCGGCUGCAUGCGAUUCAUCUGCCAAUUGACAUUGAUGCGUGAGUUAUUGCCAGCAGGAUUUGCUUAAUAUUGCUACUAGCAGAGCAGAUUUUAGAUCGGGCUAUAGCUCUGCAGUGUUCAGGAAUUUUAGUCACUACUAUAUAUUGUCUGCGCCAUGUCUGCACAAUAUUAUCCUCCGCCCCCUGGAGCCUCGGGAUCUCCAGCUCCUUCUCAGGCCUCAGCACAUAACUAUCCUCCACCCCCUUCAUCUCCGCCAGCCGCGCAAACCAAAUUUUCGUACCCAUCACCGCCAACCCAGCAACCCCAGAAAAGCUACCCUGCGCCGCCUACGCAGUUGCAGCAGGAGUUUGCGCCGCCGUCAAGGUCGCAAACGCAAAACUACCCUCCCCCUCCGGGCGCCCCUCAGAACUUCUCGCCGCCGCCCUCAUCUCAAAAACAAUACUUUCCCCCUCCCGGAGCUUCUCAGCAACAACAGUAUCCUUCGCCUCCGCAACACCAAUACCCAUCCUCCCAACACCAGCAAUAUGGCGCCUCCCCUACGCCACCGCCUCCGCAGGCCUCGCCCCCUAUCUCUUAUCCCCCGCCUCAGCAGCAGAUGCAGCCUCAGAAUGGAUCCCAUACGACACUAGCGAUGCACGGCCGAACACCAUCGAUGGCUUCGCACAACUCGGGUCUUGGACUCGCUGGGAUUAGCAGCUCAACACCCCCGCAACACCAGCAACAACAAUUUACCGCUCCUCCGUCCUACGCAGGGUCGGCUCCAGGCGCUAGUCCUACGGAAGGAUAUCCGGCUGAAAAGACUAGUAUCCCGGUGGCCGAGGGAUCGCCAAUCGACACAAGCGACCCUGCGAACCUUGAGAGUGGUGCUCCGCCCGCAACUCACUUUGUCGGAGCCACAGCGACGGUGGACGAUGUCGGCACGUUCAACGGUGGCAGUUAUCGGAUCAGCCACCGGGACAGCAACACAAUCCUCACCAUACAGCUCGCCAUGGGCUGUCCGCUAGGCGCCAAGCCGGGUGCCAUGAUUGCCAUGUCGCACACCAUUACGCUCCGGGGAAGGAUUAAGUUCAGCAUGAAAAAGCUUGUUGCUGGUGGUGAGAUGGCCGACUCGACCUUUACAGGACCAGGCGAGCUCUUGCUAGCGCCCGCCAUGCUAGGAGAUAUUACCAGUUUGAGACUGACGGGCAGCGAGUCAUGGUCUGUCGGCCACGACGGCUACCUUGCUUCAACUCAGGGAGUAGUCAAGGAAUACAAGCGGCAAGGCCUUGGGAAAGCCAUGUUCAGUGGCGAAGGUUUGUGGGUUUACAAGAUCAGUGGAAAGGGUUUGCUUUGGCUGACAAGCUUCGGAGCCAUCAUCCGUAAGGACCUGGCGGAUGGCGAGAAGUACGUCGUGGACAACGGGCAUCUAGUUGCAUGGAACACCAAAUAUAUCCUAGAGCGCGUUGCGUCCGGAGGUAUAGUGUCUGGUGUUGCCUCGGGAGAAGGACUAGUGUGCAAAUUUACCGGACCUGGGACGGUAUUCUUGCAGACCAGGAACGCGAAAGCAUUCGCCGCUUACAUGGGUGGACAGACGAACACUUCUUUCUGAUCUAAGCCGUCGAUAUUGUUGUCAUUUACUGUGUCGAGUGUUGCUGUCAAUGCGUAUUAUGAUGGAGGGAUUCUUUUGUUUUUAUUAUUAUUAUUAUUGAACUAUCAUGCAAGGCUAGGUUCUUUAUACCAUUUCUGGACGAGUUUCAUAUGGCGAUUCUGCACAUGAAAGAUAUUGGGUGAUCAUUUUACAACCAUGCGUAGCUACCUUUGUCGUACCGAACACAAGACGAUCAAUUUUCAAA